AUGGCCAGUUAUGUGAAUUCUCCGGCGAUGACUCUAUGUCCGCCACGCCUCUCUCCUUCAAAGCCACUCUGCUGCUGCUUUAGCUUAAACAAAUCCGCUUCACGGUCAUCUUUCUCAUCCACCAGAAACGCCGUGGUCUCUCUCCGCCGUACUAAAUUUCAAGCUAUGGCGGUGGCGGCGGCAGAAAAAGAAGCUGAGCCUUUGAGAAUCAUAAUAUCAGGAGCUCCAGCUUCAGGUAAAGGUACACAAUGCGAGCUCAUUACUCAGAAAUACGGUUUAGUCCACAUCUCAGCUGGAGACUUGCUUCGAGCCGAGAUCGAUUCCGGAAGCCAAAACGGACGACUCGCAAAAGAAUUCAUGGAGAAAGGAGAAUUAGCUCCUGAUGAAAUACUCGUAACGAUGGUGAAAGAAGCUUUGUCGAAGCAAAACGGAUGGCUUUUAGAUGGAUAUCCAAGAAGUGCAUCACAAGCAACGUCUCUUGAGAGAUUUGGAUUCCAGCCUGAUUUAUUCAUUCUCCUUGAAGUACCUGAAGAUAUUCUUGUUGAUAGAGUGAUUGGGCGUAGAUUAGAUCCUGUCACUGGGAAGAUAUAUCACUUGAAGUACUCUCUUCCGGAGACUGAAGAGAUCGCUGCAAGACUCACUCCACGGUUUGAUGAUACGGAAGAGAAGGUGAAACUCCGGUUAAAGACUCAUAACCGAAAUGUGAGAGAUGUGUUAUCGAGGUACGAAGAGAUAACGGUUAGGAUUAAAGGAGAUUGUUCGAAAGAGGAAGUGUUUGGUCAGAUCGAUAAGGCUAUGGCCAAACUGGUUCAACAGAGGAACACUAGUGCAAGCCGUUCGCUUGCAAGCUGA